AUGGCCACGGAGAAGAUAAUGUCGCUAGACUACUUAAACUCAAACACUUCAAGUAGCCCCUUUCAGCCCAACUUUAUUACAACACCCUCUAACAUCUCCUAUUAUGGCGAAACGCCAGAUUUCACAUCAUCUCGAGUCACAGACAAUAGGAUCUAUCCCAAUCCCGUAACAUAUGAUCAACCCACCUACACAAAACAACCUUCAAACGAAGAAUACACAUCUAGUUGGAGUUGUGAAGCUCUUAGAUCAGGCUUCUACGAGGAGGGUCUCUCGACACCAAUCAAGUUCCCAAGUUAUCAAAGUGAUUGGAAGGAGGUGAUACCAAGUGUCCAGGAAAAUCUAUACAGUCCCAAGUCAAUUGGUUCGAACGCUACUCCAAUGGUGAACAUGGUGACACCCUCUGAAUGCGAGGAGGAGGUAGAGGAGGAGGAGGAGGAGGAGGAGGAGGAGGAGGAGGAAGGCGGGUCCCUUAGUGGUGGGUCUUGCUCUGGGGAACUCGCCGAACACGGCCCUGUCUCCAUCUACGGUCAGAAUACUUUUUCGCAGGAUCGCUACAAGCCCUGCACGACUACAUACACAGGCUCGACAGUGGGAGGAGAUUCACAAGGAGCGCACCAUUACGCCAUGGAGAUAGAGACACAUCCAAAGACAGUGUAUGGAUUGUCUGCUAAGCCAAGCAGAGUGUCAUCAUCCAAGUCUGAAUUGGAAAAGACGGUCACAUAUCCAACACAAAAUGGAAGCUUCAGCAACGUGUCAACUCAACCUUCUGGUGCCUCUGAGGUACCCUCCAGGAGCAGCAAUCCAACGAAGAAGGAGGAGCGUGUGAAGCGGCCGAUGAAUGCCUUCAUGGUGUGGUCGCGGGGUCAGAGACGGCGCAUGGCGCAAGAGAACCCCAAAAUGCACAACUCUGAGAUCAGUAAGCGUCUGGGAACGAUGUGGAAGGCACUAAAUGAGGCAGAGAAAAAACCAUUCGUUGAUGAGGCGAAGAGACUAAGAGAAAAUCACAUGAGCCAGUACCCUGACUACAAGUAUCGACCUAGAAGGCGACAUCGCCCGCUGGAGAAGCAGAAGAAGGCUGUGGCAGCGAUGGCUGCUGCAGCCACUGUGAGCAGCCUCUUUUCGAGUACCACCGUCGGGAACUUUAAUGCACCCAUGGAAGGAGGCUUUUUCGGACUGCGACAUUUAGCGGUGCCCUCGGCUGCGGAAUAUAGACCCGUUCACACCAAUACUCCUUAUACCUACAAUGCAUUUAAUCAGCCUCAACAGCUGCAACAAAAGCAUCAUCAACAACAGCAACAGCAUCAUCAUUUCCACCCAAGCCCCUAUGAAGAAAAUUUUUCUGAAUUUAAUCGAAGUAGGCAACCCUAUGAAGAUAUCCGAUACAUUAAUAAUCCCGGAUACCCCAGCUCAAACACAUCAAAUAAUAAGGAUUUUGAAACAUCUCAUGGACAGUAUGAUUUUUCCAAGUCGUCAUUACACGUCAGUGGUCGUAUCAGCAACUAUCCUCCCUACUCCAAUACCACGGAUCAGGAUGCUAAAACAGAUACAAUGACUCCAGAGUUAGAUUCAAAGACAGCAGUUAUGGCAGCUGUAGCUGCAGCGAAUUACGCGGCCUCUAGGCUAGCCUAUUGCGGAUCUAGUGAACCAUCCUCUAAUUACUGGGAAGGUUGGUGGAAGGAAAAAUCGUUACCAACAGCUGAAGGAAACACCUGGGACUCAGGCUCUAUCCAGUGGGCAAGGGCUCUAAAAGAGGCCCGAAAAUUAGAACAAGAGACAGACUUUCAGCACCAUAGGCUAAGCGAUUCGAAGGAUCCCUCCUCCCUCUCUUACCUAUCCGCAUACUUUAAUGGAUUUGGUGGCAUGAUCGGCCUGCGAGAGAGCAAUCGUGUAUUGGGUAACCAAGGAGGCAGCCAGGAACCCGAGGCACUAUCAAGCUUUUCAACACCUUCAUCAACUUCUUCUGGAAAUGAGCAGAAGCUUCACCAUCAGCGACAACAACAGCGUCACAUAGUCGCGCAAACUAGCGCUAGAUCUUUCGCACCACUCACUGACGAGAGGUCGUGUCCUCAUGCUAAUCCAAUCUACGCAGCCUUCACUGCUAUGGCCGGACUGCCUCAACUGAAGGCUGAAGGUGACGAUUCUCAUCCCUCUUCGUCCUCCAAAAUUGGAUAG